AUGGACAAUUCAGACACAUUAAAGCUCAGCAUUGCUGGUGAUCUCCCAAAUGGCUCUGCUCAAGCUCAACAAAAGGACCCAGAGAAGGAAUGGAAUGAGACCCAGGUCCCAGUCAAAAGUGCCCAGGUUAAUAAUGCAGUGGAUGAGCCACCAAAGCCCAUUACUGAGUCCGAAAAAACGACACUCAAACUCGACGAAGCAGUUGCCGCGGUCAUUGGCCCCCAGCUUGUGGCUCAGAUGCAAAAGAAGAAGAAGAGAGAGAGAGGACCCAGAGGAAAGCGGGGAGUGGGCAAGCCAACUGGAUUUGAGGAAUGGAGUGCCGAUGGACCGUUGACUCCUGAUGAGUACAAGCAGAAUUGUGGCCUUUACGAUCCCCAUCGAUCUUUUAUAGACCGACUUGAGGAGGCCUUUAUGCGAUUUGAGAGAAAGCGCCGAAUUGAACCUGCUCGGAGCAACAUCUUCCAUAAGUACCUGCAAUAUGGAGGUGUCAGCAUCGGCCCGAACUUCGGGGGCGGUGUUAAUGCCCAGGAUAUGAAGAUGAUGACCUCGGAUGAGAUCAUGCUUGCUCGUGCCCAGACCUCGAUCGAGAAGGAACGGGAGAGCCUGCAUGUCAGCUUUGAUAAAGUGGCUCGGGGCUUCUUUGGCACCUACUUCCUCAGAUACUUCAAUCCAGACUGCAUCGAAGAUAUCGAGUUCGCUACGAGUACCAUCCGGAACUUCCUUACAUUCCUGCUUUUCCAUGACGUGUGUCCAGAAUACAAAAAUGAUAUUCUCGAAGCCCGCAAGAUAUGCACCAUUGCCAAUAUGGAGCUAUGGAAGAAUCUGCAAUUGAUCCGCAAAGGCCCCGGGGAAUUCAACAAGGCGUGCUCCAUGCUCUUCGCAGGACACUACUUCAACAAGAAUUCCGGAAAGCCUAGUAUCUGGGAUGAUGUUGAUGAUUCCUUUAUGACCACUGAAAAGGCCCAAGACAUCGUAAAGCACUGCAUUGCUGGUGCUGGCUCCCAUGAUGUCGCUUCUAGCUUUAGACACCAAGUGGCUGAUGAGGAUUUAUUGGUAGAGAGCGUCGAGGACAUCGAUGGCUUUGAGGUACUUCGCGUCACUGAGCCAGAUGACUAUGUCCGCGCCUUCUACCAGCAGUUUGCGGCUCAUCUGACCCCCGUUGGAAUAGUCAAAGCUAAGUCUUUCCGUGAUCCUGGAAAGCCCCAGACCGAUUUAAGCCCCAAGGAACGCUGGGACUGGCAUCACGGUAAGGCGCCUAGCUAUGACUUUGUUUUCUUUAUUGAAAGGGAUCUCCUCGAUCUUUUCUAUCCUGGUUUGAGGGUCAUGGCCCCUGUUUGGAAGAUGAACUGUGGGGCGUACUAUUUUGAUCAGGUCUACUCGACCUUCCCAAGCUUCAACGCUAUCAUUGCGAAUGACAUGAUGCUGAGCUGGAAGCGUCCGCGGGAUCUAAGAAAUGACAGCCCGAAGUCGAAGGAGCCUGAGAACGAAAUAAACCAGGGCAUAGAUGAUGCCGCUCAGAUGGCCUUUGAAGCUACUGGCCAGAAAAAGAAUGAAGGCAAGUGUUCCAAGAAUUUUGACAUUGAAGAGGAUGUGUCGAAUGGCGAACAUGACACGGAGGAGGCCUACUAG